AUGGGUGCAGGUCAAUCCAAACCCGAUGAAUCCACCAAGCAUGUCUUCACAAGUGAUACACCCAUUCAAUUUUCUCAAGAGCUAAUAGACUCCCUUCAAGCAUCCUCAGAAACAAACUCGACCCGCGCAAAGACGCUAGAGCUGCACAUUGCCCAACGCGUCGCCGCCGAGCUAGAAAAGAUCCGAAAGCACGAAGCUUCGGUCCUUGAGGAGGCGCGCAAGAAGAUUGCUGCGAGCGGAGAAGCAGCAUCAGAUUCCUCUUCGUCAGACUCGUCUCUUCUUCACCUCUCGCCGAUAUCCCCGAAAGACCUUCUUCCGGGAUCUGACAGUGACGACCAAAAGAAAGCGCCGUCGAGUCAGAAAGUGCAGCAAGAGAUUGAGAAACUGAAGCAAACACUGGGCCAGCGGAAAACGUUAAGAGAGCUGCCGAAGGAGGUAGAGAAUGCGAGACAAGAUGUCAUCUCUUGCCUGCGGAUAAACGACCGAAAACCGCUCGACUGCUGGAAGGAGGUGGAGAUCUUCAAGCGGGAAGUACGGAAGAUGGAGGAUAGUUAUGUAUCAUCUGUCCUGUAA